AUGCCAAGCCCCCCUUCCCUCUUACUCUUACACACGUUCUUCCACGCCAUCAAGCAGCCCUUGCCUACAGAGUUGCGGCCUCCAUUCCAGAAAAAAUCUCUUCUAAGAGCUUCGAAAUUCUUAAUCGCCCAUUUGGGGGCAUUGAACACAGACAGGAAGUACAGGGACGAGUGCUGGGCUUCUCACAAUCUUUUAUACUCCACAUAUAGACCUGGUCUUAUCUGGCAUUUGGGAGAGUUGCAUUGCAAGAAGAUGGAGCAAUCACCUCAAUCUUUCUCUGGCUUUUACAGUUUUAGAUGGGGAUCAACUCGACCAGCUUGUUGGAUUCUCUUACUUGGUUUUCUCAUUCGAGUUUUGGUCACAUCUGCAGAUACAAAUCCUCAGGAUGCUGCUGCGCUCGAAUCCCUCACCAGUCAGUGGCAGAAUACGCCGUCCAACUGGAUCGGUUCGGACCCUUGCGGUAGCAAUUGGGUUGGAAUAAAAUGCGCCAAAUCCCGCAUAGUCUCCAUAACUCUGUCGAGCUUGGGACUGAAAGGAACUCUUUCCGGAGAUAUCCAAUAUCUAGAGGAAUUGCAGGCUCUGGACUUGUCUUACAACAAGGGCUUGACCGGACAACUUCCUGCAUCAAUUGGGCGCUUGAGCAGACUCAUCAAUUUGAUUCUUGUUGGUUGCAGCUUCUAUGGUCAACUACCUGAUGAGAUUGGUUCAUUAUCAAGGCUAGUCUUUUUACCUUUGAACUCUAAUGGCUUUACGGGAAACAUACCUCCAACCAUUGGCAAUCUCUCAAAACUAUACUGGCUGGAUUUGGGCGGCAACGAACUUACAGGAUCAAUUCCAGUCUCUGAUGGCACUACUCCUGGCCUCGAUUUGUUGACGCAUACGAAGCACUUCCAUUUCGGCAUUAAUCAGCUAUCUGGCGCCAUCGCAAGUAAACUCUUCAGCUCGAACAUGCAACUGAUUCAUGCGCUGUUCGAUAAUAAUAAUUUCUCGGGGAGCAUCCCUUGUACAUUAGGACUCGUGACGACUCUAGAGGUCCUACGCCUGGAUAUGAACUCGUUGACUGGCCCCGUUCCUACCAACCUGAACAACCUUACUCGAGUUGCAGAACUGCAUCUAGCAAAUAACAAACUGACGGGUCUAUUGCCGGAUUUAACUGGAAUGAAUGCCUUAAAUUUUGUGGACAUGAGCAACAACUCUUUUGAUGCAUCAGAUAUUCCACGCUGGUUCGCAUCAUUGCCAUCUUUGACAAGCAUAUAUCUGGAGUACCUAAAAAUUGGAGGGCAGCUACCCCAGGGUCUGUUAAGCGCUUCUCCGAUGCAGACACUGAGGCUUAGGAACAAUCGCUUUAAUGGCACUCUAAAUAUUAGCUCAGACUACAGCAAUCAGCUUGAACUUAUUGAUCUGCAGAACAAUCAGAUCAGUGCGAUAAUAGUUGGUGGAGGAUACAACAAACAAAUCAUACUUGUGGGCAACCCGGUUUGUAAGAAUGGUGGAAUCAAUCUCCCAUACUGCAAUACUUUGCAAAACUCUGCUCCGUCGUACUCAACUCCUAAGAACUGCGUGACGCUGCCGCCUACUUGUUCUUCAGAUCAGAGUCUAAGUUCCAACUGUAACUGCGCAUUUCCAUAUAUGGGCACUCUAUAUUUUAGAUCUCCAUCCUUUUCGGACCUUGGAAACACGACAUAUUAUCUUACCUUGGAACAAGCACUCCAAAAGUCGUUUACGAUUAAUCAGCUUCCUGUAGACUCCGUUUCGCUGUCACACCCUUUUGUAGAUUCUAGUAACAAUUUGGAGAUGAGUCUGCAAGUUUUUCCAAGCAGCAAAAUCCGUUUUAGUGAGUCAGAUGUUACUGGGGUUGGUUUUAUCCUCAGCAAUCAGACGUUUAAGCCUCCGACCAUUUUCGGGCCCUACUAUUUCGUCGGACAGGAGUACCCUCCUUUUACUGUUCCUGCGCCAGCGCCAACACCAAAUCACUUGCCUAUCAUUGUCGGAGCAACAAUCGGCGGUGUGGCUCUGUUAGUAACACUGAUUAUUCUUGGCGUUUUUGUUAUUAAAAGACGGAAACAAACCAAAAGGUCUGAAGAUGCUAGAAGCCGGUCGUAUGUUUCGUGGGAUCCCAGCAAAAGCAGUGGUAGCAUACCACAACUUAAAGGAGCAAGAUUAUUUUCCUUCGAAGAACUAAAGAAAUGCACCAAUAACUUUUCUGAAGCCAAUGAGAUUGGAAAUGGCGGUUACGGAAAGGUGUACAGGGGAACACUGAGUAAUGGUCAAUUGAUUGCUGUCAAAAGAGCUGAACAGGGCUCCAUGCAAGGUGAGUCGGAGUUCAAAACCGAGAUCGAGCUGCUCUCUAGGGUCCACCACAAGAAUCUUGUCAGUCUAGUUGGUUUCUGCUUUGAUCAAGGUGAACAAAUGCUCGUCUACGAGCACGUCCCAAACGGUACUCUAAAAGAAAGCCUAUCAGGAAAAUCUGGGGUGCGCUUAGAUUGGAAAAGGAGACUUCGCGUUGCACUUGGCGCCGCUAGAGGUCUUACCUACCUGCAUGAGCUCGCGAACCCUCCAAUAGUUCACAGGGACAUUAAAUCAAGCAACAUUCUCCUUCAUGAGCAUUUAAAUGCCAAAGUUUCUGAUUUUGGACUCUCUAAAUCGCUUGGAGACGAUGCAAGGGGUCAUAUUACCACUCAAGUGAAAGGAACAAUGGGAUAUUUAGACCCCGAAUACUACAUGACACAACAGUUGACCGAGAAGAGCGAUGUGUACAGCUUUGGGGUCUUGUUGCUAGAGAUUAUCACUGCAAAGAAGCCCUUGGAGCCAGGCCGAUACGUCGUAAGGGAGGUUAAUGCGAUGAUGGACAAGUCGAAGGAUCUCUACAGCCUACAUGAGCUUCUGGAUCCAGCUUUAGGCUUAGGUGCCGCACUUGGCGGGUUCGAGAGAUACGUGGACUUGGCGAUGAUGUGCGUAGGAGAGUCGGGACUUGAUCGGCCCAAGAUGAGCGAGGUGGUGAACGAGGUUGAGAAAAUCAUGCAGAUGGCCGGCAUGAACCCGAAUGCUGGUUCUGCAUCUACGUCGAUGAGCUAUUAUGCCGAGACGAGUAAGAGCCCUAUUCGUCACCCUUAUAGUAACGAAGGCUCCUUCGACUACAGUGGCGGCGCGCCUUCACCAAAGCUAGAACCAAAGUAAUUAAGUUCCGGUAACA